UCACAAAUCAACAUUUACUCUGACAAUGAAGUCCUUGUUUUUCUUCUUGCAUCGAACAUGAUUGGACCACUGUGGACCCACAUUACUGUGUUCACUUCCAACUCCAUCUGGCUAGACUGCUCCACACCCGGAAGUGGGUGGAUGUCAUCCACUGAUCAGAAACGUUACACCGCCUGCUGGGAUGAGGCUCAAAACACCGGAUUCUCAAAGGAGACCGUUACAAAGCUGAGAUAAACGAUACAAAAUCUAAACCGUAUAUCUAUAUUCAUUUUCACGCAGGUACGAGAUAACCAGGCUGCAGGAGGAGAUUCAACAUUCCGCGUCGCCAGGAUGAUGGAAGAGAUAGAUAGAUUUCAAGUCCCGAGCGCCGUGCAAGAGGCGGAGAUGCAGUCUGAGAUGCAGCCUCUUGACCCGGCCUCGUCCACAGCCUCCUCCGAGGCCGACUCGGACCCCCGCGAGGUCGAGCCCGCCAGCCUCACCUACAAACCCUCCCCCCUACAGAUGAAGAUAGAUAAACAGAGGGAGCUGUCCAGAAAGGGCUCCAUCAAGAACAGUAACGCGGUGGGCAGUCCAGUGAACCAACAGCCCAAGAAGAACAAUGUUAUGGCCAGGACACGAUUGGUAGUUCCCAACAAAGGGUAUUCUUCCUUAGAUCAGAGUCCAGAUGAAAAGCCCCUGGUGGCCCUAGACACAGACAGCGAUGAUGACUUUGACAUGUCGAGAUACUCUUCGUCGGGGUACUCCUCAGCCGAGGUGAGACGGGUGGGAUGGCACCCACUCAAUCAGCAAAUCAAUCAGGACCUGAACAUUCAGCUGCUCAAAGAUGGUUACCGUCUAGACGAGAUCCCGGACGACGAGGACCUGGACCUCAUCCCGCCCAAGUCCGUCAACCCCACCUGCAUGUGUUGCCAGGCAACCUCCUCCAGCGACUGUCAAAUACAGUAACCCUCCCCCUUCCUCCCCGUCUCCCAAAGCUCCCCUCCGAGCCCCGCCCUCUACUUUACACAUGACCCCCUCGCAACCCCAGCUGCCUCUCAUCUAAGUGUAGUAACCCUAUCAGAGAGCGACCACAGAGAAACGCUGGUGGUGGAAGUAGGACCAAAGAUAAUCCAGUGAAAAUAAAAAGGAAAGGCCAAACGGAAAACUAGACAAGAUGUUACACCCCCCUCCCCCAAGACUAUGAUAGUAUGUUUUUAAGUGUAUUUAUUUGAUUUCCUCCUAUGGUAGGAAACAUGCAUCUGUCUGUCAGGGAUUUGGCUCUCUCUCUUCUUUCCUUCCCUUCUGAUUACAUGUUGUGACAUCUAAGCGAAGCGAUCCUUAAUGAUUACUGCUGCUGACCUUGCCGACCUGCCUACAUAACUCCUAGGUUGUAUUUAUUGUUCUUUUUUGAUUCCAGCUUAUAUAUUGACAAUUUUUUUGUAGUUUAUUCGAAUUUUGCGAAUUUGGUAUGGGAGUACGAGGCAUACACACAUACACGAACCAAGCACUGAAGGAUUGUACGCUGAACGGACGAAAAGCGGAGGCAGAUGUAGAUGCCGUCAUUUUAGAAGCUAUUGAAUUAGUCGUACUGCACGUGUUUGUGAUGUAGCACAGGAGGUAUUGCACUUAAUCAACCUAAUCCCCCCCUCCUAUUCACUUCCUUCUUUUGACAACACCACCCUUUACUUGUUCUGGACUGGCUUUCACUGGGGGGGGGGGG